ACAAAAAGGUGCAAGUAGCAAUUUAUGGCCGCCAUGACCAGCCACCAUCAAGUUCAUCAUCUUCUCACAGCUAAUCCUCUAGAUCAGCAGCCUAAUUGCGACUCCAAAUCCUCUCUCUAGCUAGCUUCUUAAUUCCCUUGAAGAUUGCCUUUUGGAGCACAUGCGAGAGUGAGAAGACCCAACACCACCACUUUCCUGCUCCCACAGUCCCUAGGCACACUUGUUCCAUGUCGUUCGCUGUCCGAGUGGAGUGACCUCACCUCAUCGAUAAGAUACAUCCUGGAUCCGCAGCUGGUGUAUAUGUAGAAAGACAUUCCUAGCUCGAUCGAGGCCACUCACCGAAUCAGGCGCUAGCUAGGAGUGGACUCUUUCUGGUCUCUCCUCACCAGGCCAGCUCGUUCCUUCGUGUCGUGCGAGCUGGCCCGGCCGGCAGAUCAGGUUGCUACUAGCAGCUAGCUCGUCUUCUUGGAAUCAUCAAUGGCCAGCCGCGGCACGGCGUCCGGAGCGGCGAUGGCGUUCCUGCUGUCGCUUGGGAUCAUUGGCGUCGCCCGCGCCCAGCUGCAGGUGGGGUUCUACUCCGACUCCUGCCCGGACGCCGAGGACACGGUCACCGCCGCCGUCCAGGACGCCGCCGCCAGCGACCCCACCAUCCUCCCGGCGCUGCUCCGCCUCCAGUUCCACGACUGCUUCGUCAGGGGCUGCGACGCGUCCGUGCUGAUCAGGAGCGAAAGCAACGACGCCGAGGUGGACAACGGCAAGAACCAGGGCCUGCGCGGCCAGGACGUGGUCGACGCCGCCAAGGCGCAGCUCGAGGACCAGUGCCCCGGCGUCGUCUCCUGCGCCGACAUCAUCGCCCUCGCCGCGCGCGACGCCGUCGCCAUGACGGGCGGGCCGUCGUUCGACGUGCCGACGGGGCGACGCGACGGCCUGGCUUCCAACCUCCGCGACGCCGACGUGCUGCCGGACGCCGCCGACUCCAUCAGCGUGCUCCGGUCAAGGUUCGCCGCGGCCGGUCUCGACGACCGCGACCUCGUCCUCCUCACAGCGGCGCACACGGUGGGCACGACGGCGUGCUUCUUCGUCAAGGACCGGCUAUAUGGCUUCCCCCUCCCGGGCGGCGGGACGGGGUCGGACCCGUCGAUUCCGGCGCCGUUCCUGGCGGAGCUCAAGGCCCGGUGCCCGCCGGGCGACUUCAACACGCGGCUGCCGCUGGACCGCGGCAGCGGGAGCGCCUUCGACGACUCCAUCCUCCGCAACAUCCGGUCGGGGCUCGCCGUCAUCGCCUCCGACGCCGCGCUCAACGCCGGCAAUGCCACCCGCGCGCUCGUCGACGCGUACCUGGGCCCCGCGGCGGGGAGCUUCCAGGGGGACUUCGCCGCCGCCAUGGUGAGGAUGGGCAGCAUCGGCGCCAUCACCGACGACGACGCCGGCGAGGUCAGGGACGUCUGCUCCGCAUUCAACACCAACUGAUCGUCGACGCAUCGUCAGUCGGUGCGUGACAUAGAGACAGAAUGAGAUAAUUGUUUCGUGUGUACAUUUGAUCUCUUGACGAGUCGAUUGGUUUUCGAAAAUUGAAUUACAAAUUCAGGGAAAUGGUUACUUGAGAAGAAGGGCAGAUGGAGGAACUGUGCGGUGGAAUUGAUUGGGAACUUUUGUCGCAGCGAUGCGAUGCAAGUACACUGCAUGCAUGUGACGAUUUAUUAGUACACUACUAGAAGGUAGGAGCUCAUGGUGCACGGGUGUCCUGAAAAAAAGAUGAUAAAUUGACAAGCUCGUCCAGCACCAGCAACACCGCGUCUAGUCAGCAGAUUCUGCUGGGAAUUUUAAAACUCGGUGGCUGUGUCUUAACUGUUAGAGAAUCUGUGAAUGCCCAGGGACCCGUCGACCUGGGCUGGAGCUGGAGGCCCAUGUUUCCCCAAUUCUGCUUCCGCGGUUUUAACUGAACCAGACACAAACGUCUUGAAAUAGCGAAAGAGAAAAGGAAAAUCAAAGCAAGGACGCCUUGAAAUGUGCCCCCGAACCCUGUCUACUACACCCACUGUUUCCCCACUGUGCUGUUGGCAGGAAUGUUGAUCUGCACAAGUGUCAUGAAAAUUCCGGAUCAUGCAUGGGUUCCAGAAAUGGCUUAUGAUGAGAUGAGAUGGAGCUGCUGAUAUUAAUUCAA